AGCGCGUUCGUUUACGCUAACUAGGAGUUGCACUCACAUAUUUGACCUGUCAACGGAAUUUGAGUUUUCUUACGCGUUGUUGAUGUUAAGAGAUGAAAGUCAUUUGUAUAUUUAAGCAAUUAUAAAGAAAAUGAGAACGGUAGAUUAAUAUCUACAAUUAAUAUUAACAGUCCAUCGUUUUAAAACUGAUAAAUUUUGUGAAGUGGAAAACUCUGAUGAUGAUAUAUAAGGAACAGAACACAGUUAUAAAGACAUGGAUGAAUGUGAAGGAACGCCGCUACGGGAGGACAAUAACCCUUCAAAAGAAAGCAAAGAAAGCGAUAAUUCUCGUGACAGUGACAUAUCCGGAAUGAAGAAAAAGUCUCAGUUUUCCGGAUCUUGUAGUUUCAUGGUUUCACUAUUAGGUUAUUCUAUGGGAACCUCGGAUUUCUGGAGAUUUCCUUAUCUUGUUUUCCGAAAUGGAGGAGGAGCUUUCCUGCUACCAUUUGCAUUGUUUAUGGUGCUGGUUGGGCUACCAAUGUUGUUCUUUGAAGUGUCUGUAUCGCAGUUCUCCGGAAAGGGGCCUCUUAGCAUGUGGAGUAUAGCACCAUUCUUUAAAGGUAUCGGAUAUACAUUGCUUGUGAUAAAUUUGCUGAACAAUGUGUACUACAAUAUUUUGAGAGCGUGGAUCCUGGAGUACUUUGUGAACACAUUUCAAGCCGAAUUACCUUGGAUUGGCUGUAAUCAUCAAUGGAACGAACAAGGAUGCGUAACUAUGAAAACUGACAAUUUCACGUCUAACGUUACUGAACGUGACAUAAACACAACGUAUUAUCAUUCCGAAUUGAAUAUUCCUGUCGACAACUUUACAGAUGUGACGAAAAUGACAGCUGCCGAACAGUUUUGGCAAUACAAGGUCCUUCAGCUGUCAUCUGGUCUUGGUGAUUUUGAUGGUAUUCUCUGGAACUUUGUUCUUUAUAUCUUUAUCUGGCGGUUGUUAGUCUCUCUGUGUAUGAUUAAAAGUAUUAAAUCAAUUGAAAAGGUUAUGUUUGUGACAGUAUUUGUGCCUAUAAUUCUAAUGUUGAUCAUAUGGGUCCGUUCCCUGAUGCUUGAAGGAGCCAUUACUGGUAUGUUGUACUACAUCACUCCAACAUUCGACAGGAUAACUGAUCCAAAGGUUUGGCUAGAGGCCGCGUUGAUGGCAUGUUAUACUCUUGGACCAGGCUGGGGGACCAUACCCAUGAUUGGAAGUCAUAACAAGUUUCACGGAAAUGUCAUAAGGUAUUCCGUUUUAUCAACGUUUUGUGAUUUUCUAUCAGCUGUAAUGAAUGGUCUCAUCUGUUUCUCUAUCCUUGGUGUAAUGGCACACGACAGUGGCCUCGAUCUGGAAAAAACAGUCACUUCAGGGUUAUCAUUAGGUUUCACCGUUUACCCAACAGCUUUUACGUAUUUCCCGCUACCCCAAGUGUGGUCAGCAGUUUUCUUCGUUAACCUAAUUCUUGUGGGGCUUGAUGCACAGGUGUUAUCCACAGAAACGGUCAUGAGCUGCUUGGAAGAUAUGUUCCCAAAAUGGUUCAAAGGUACAAGAAGACUUUUUAUGAUUGCCUUGAUCAACGCCGGUUUCUUUCUCCUCACUAUUCCAUUUUGCACGAGGGGAGGAAUGUAUCUUUUUCAACUGUUAGACUGGUAUGCUGCUGCCUGGACACUACUAUUUGUUUGCUUCAUAGAAUGUGUCGUGUUUACCUGGGUCUAUGGUACUGAGCGUUUGAGCAGGGAUAUUGAGAUAAUGGUCGGUCGUCCGCUACCAACGUUCAUGCGGAUAUCAGGCGCAUUUAUUUCACCAUGUAUCUUUUUGGUAGUGCUGAUUCAGUCUUUUGUUCAGUACCGUCCACCAACAUACGGUAGCUAUAGUUACCCUGCAUUCGCUGAAGCUCUAGGCUGGUGUCUGGCUUUCCUUGUUAUCUCUCCUAUUGUUGUCGUCCUUGUGCUGAAGUUGAUUAAAACAGGAAGAUCCACAAAAAAGUUAUCAGAAGAAAUAAAAAGACCCUCUGAUUCCUGGGGACCAUACGAUGACAUUGCCAUGGAAGAUUACACUGACAAAGGCAUAGAAGCUACAGGGUGUUUCUGUACUUUCAUAUACAACCUUACAGGCAGAUCUAAGAAAACAAAAGCAGCGACAUAUCAUAGCAACGGAUCACAUUUAUAUAGAGAUAUCAAAUCAACAGAUGUUUAGUAUAUUUUCGAUUUUGUAAAAAAAAUCAGAUUUUUUGAAGUUUAGACUAAUUUAUCUCAAAUCUCGUUUUCAUGUACAUGAAAAAAAUGCACGUGUGUAAACACAGCAAUAAUAUGUACUCUUGUCAUUACUUUAUCUCCGUUUUGUACAAAUCAUGUGCUAGCCUAUUUGUAACAAUACUAGUAGUUCCAAAUUUUGAAAUCGGCGAAUUUUUGUAGACUAAUUUUGCUUGCAUUUCAAAAUAUGCUAUUUAGAAUGAAUAGGUGACAUUGAUAUUAUAAAAUAUUGAAAAAAAGUACAUGUCGUAUUAUAAAUAAGCUGAAAUUGUUUUCUUGUUUUUAAAAGCAUUUGAGAUUAAUGGAAGAUAUCUGAUUGUACAUUUAAAUAUUUGGUCACAUGCAAAAGGCAGCUUUUAUUAAAGUACAAAUGUAUAUGCGAGAAUGCUAUAACUCCUCUGUCUUGUAACAUUUUGUGUGGAGUCUCGUUCGGGGCUUUGAUUCGCAUAUUCGCUGUACGACUCCGGUAAUGUUUCGGUGACAUUGUAUUUGCUACCUCUAGCACUCCGGUGCUCUCAAGUUCAUUAAAGUUUAUAAAUAAGGCUAUAUAUAUACAAGAAGUUUGGAUCUCAUUUCAACAAAGUAAAGUUUAAAUACAGAAAAGCUCUACUUUUCUGGUACCAAGGUCUUCUCUGCCUACUUCCCGUCUAUUCUCGCUAACAAUUGUACCAUCUGCUCUUCUCGUUCUUGCCAUUUCUGUUGUUACUCCUGUAGUUUUGAUUUAAGUGGCUGAUAAUCU